AUGUUUCAAAGGAUUAUUCAUUGUCCAAUUUAUUUCUUUGAUAAUAAUCCUGUUGGUCGAUUAUUAAAUCGUUUUAGCAAGGAUAUUGCUAUUAUGGACGAUUUAUUACCAUUAAAUCUCUUCGAUUUUUCACAGUGUUUAUUUCAAGUUCUUGGAAUAUGUGUUUUAGUGGGUAUAAUUAAUGCCUAUGCUUUUAUUCCAGCCGUUUUUGUUUUUUUUGGAACGUUAGUUGUCAGGUCAUUAUACGUAACAUGCUUACGAGAUCUAAAACGCCUUGAAGGGACCACUCGUAGUCCAAUUUAUUCCCAUAUCACGUCAACAAUUCAGGGCUUGAAAGUCAUCCGUUCGUAUCAUGCCGAACAACUAUGCUCGAGCGAAUUUCUCGAACAUUUAAAUAUGAAUACACGAGCAAAUUACUUAAUUGUGACUGCUGUCCGUUGGGCAGCUAUACGUUUUGACUGGGUUACAUUAGGAUUUAUUACUACAGUUACGAUACUAGCCAUGGUACUUAGUAAACAUUUUACAGCUGCCGAUAUAGCUCUUACACUAAGUUAUUCACUACAUUUAAUGGGUCUAUUUCAAUGGAUGGUCAGACAGAGUGUAGAAAUUGAAACAAAUAUGACAGCUGUUGAAAGAAUUUUAGAAUAUUGUCACUUGGAUCAAGAACCACCAGCGGAAAUUCCUGAAAAUAAACCAGAACCAAAUUGGCCAUCGUGUGGUCGUAUUGAUUUCAAAAACGUAUCAUUUCGUUAUUCAGCAGAUAGUCCAUAUGUGCUAAAAAAUUUAAGUUUAACUGUUUAUACUGGUGAAAAAGUAGGCAUCGUUGGAAGAACAGGGGCUGGAAAAUCCAGUUUUAUACAAACCAUUUUCCGUAUGGCCGAGGUUCAUGGUGAAAUAUUGAUUGAUCAUAUAAAUAUAUUUAAAUUAGGAUUAAAUGAUUUAAGAAAACGUAUAUCGAUUAUACCACAAGAUCCUGUUCUUUUCACAGGAUCAAUGAGAUAUAAUCUUGAUCCAUUUGGUGAUUACAGUGAUGCUGAAAUUUGGAAAUCUCUUGAGGAGGUGGGUCAUUAG